GUCCAGUAAACGCGAUAAACGGUGGGUUUCUGGAGAGGGUCCCCAUUGCGGUAAAAAGUAGUAAUAAGAACGGAAGGCAGACGUGGUUUUCUUGCUAAGCAGACUUUGCUGCCGUUUCCGACCGGGAUACUGUUUAUUCAAAGUGAUUGUUUAACCUAGAGACGAACAUGGAGAACCCGCCUCCAUACCCAGGCAAUGUCCCACCUGCUCAUGGCUACCCAGCUCAGGGCCCUCCUCCACAAGGCUACCCUCCGUAUCCUCAGCAGGGAUACCCUGUGAACAUGGAGCAGCCUAAUCCAGCUUACCCCAACUACCCUGCCGGACCAAUGGGCCCUGGAGGGCCUUAUCCAGGACCAGGACAGCCUCCUUAUAAUGGAUACCCUGGACAGCCACAGUUUGGCUGGCAGGGUGGUCCCCCUCCUGGGCCCAUGUAUGGGGAAGCUCCCAAAAACACAGUGUAUGUGGUGGAAGACAGGAGAAGGGACGACACAGCGGACACAUGCCUGACAGCCUGCUGGACAGCUCUGUGCUGCUGCUGUCUCUGGGACAUGCUCACAUAACGCCAUCCCGCAACUGAUCAACCCCUAUUACCCUCUUGCCCCUAUUUCUGUGCCUCGAAGCCCAUCACCCUUUCUCCCAUCUGUUUUAAACCUCGCACUCCCUUACAACCCCCCACCCCCAAUUUCCUCCGCGAUUCCCGUACGUCUGUAAAGCUGUAAAUGACUUCUAUAAAUGAAGUCCUCGAUCCCAUAUGGAAGCCUCGUACUCAACCUUGAUGUGAAGCGCUGACUGACCUGUCCACGGAUUACACUGCAGCAGUUUCCGAGCUUGUAAACAUAAACUAAAUCUCAGGCUCUUAACUAAAAUUGUGCAACAACACACGAAAGCUAAAGAUGCACACACAAUAAGGUAGAAACCAAACAUACAGUAUACAUUGAUCUCAGGCUCAUCUGGCGUGAUUCUCUUGGGCACUUUAUGAUGAUUACCUCUGUAAUAUACUCCUGCCUAUCCAUAAAAGCUUCCCUUAUUCCCUCCUUAAGCUAUGCUUUCUGCAAUGUCUAAGAACUACUCCUGAUAUCCAAAGGCCAUUAAAACCCUGGCUGCUAAUGAGCCACAGGGCUGAUGCUUGAAAUGUUUCCCUUUUAUUUGCACACUAGUCAUUUUAGCAGAUGUAUGUAUGUCUGUAGGUGGUGAAACAGUAAAUGGAAUUUAUUUUUUUUUUAAAGACAGUGACUUAUGUUAGAUUAUUGGUAAUAUUUAAUGGCCACAGAGGAUUUUUUUCCCUUGAUAUUAAAAUAAAGACUAUUAUUAUUUUUACAUACCUUAGAAAUAAAACUGAAACUAUGUAAAGGAAGUGUUGUGAUUGCUAUACAGACUAAUCCAAAUCACCAAAACAAUGCCUUUUUGCUGUAGAUGAGCCUUGCAUUAAAAUAAUUAAUU